ACGUUUCGUACUAGGCCUAAUAGCAACAAUCAAAUACUUUCAUUCUUUUCAUUUAAUUAAUGUUAAAUCUUAUUAUUUAUAUACUUCAUUAUUGAAUUAAUCUUCUUGCUUCACAACCUAAGAUUUGUAUAAUUACAAUUUCUUCACGGUAAUUUGUCCGCUUACACCAGGUCUGUGUACGAAACGCCCCACUCUAUUACCUAAUAAAUGUAGAGUAUAAAAAUAGUUUAAUCAUAUGUUCUGAAAAUAUUUAUAAUGGCUCAGUUAAGUUCCACAGUAAGAAGACUUGUUCCUGUAUUAGCUUCCUAUGGCAGCUUAUUGAAGGGAAGACAAUUAACUAUAUUAUCCAGAACACAAUUAAUUUAUGUGAACCAGCAUAUUAGUUUCCAACCCCAAACUUUACAUGCUGUUGUAACUUUUCGAAAUUAUGGGAGUAAGAAGUCUAAAAAAGACAAGGGCAAAAAGGUUGAGAUGUUAAAAGAUGAAGAAAUUGAUGGUAUUAUUGAUAAAGAUAAACUGGAAGAGGAUAUUAAAUUUUAUGUUCAUAAACUAAAAGAAAAAUUCAUGCGAGAAUUAUCAUUACAAAUAACUCCUAUAAAUUUAGACCAUAUAAUGAUUGACACAAAAGAAGGGAAGUUCCAUUUGAAUGAUAUAGCGAUAGUCAGUUUGAAAGAUCCCAAACUCAUUCUCAUUGAUGUUAGCUCGUAUCCCAAAUAUGUGAAAAAUGUUCGAGAUUCUUUAAUAAAAUCUGCCUUUAAUCUUGAUGCACAAAUAUCAGGCACCACACUUCAUUUACCAAUACCAACAGUCACCUUGGAACGAAGACAAAAUCUGAUUAAAGUGGCUACAAGUAUGGCAGAAAAGUGUAAAGCUGAUAUCAGAAAUGUUCAAAGUAAAUAUAGGAAGAAAGUUCAGUCUGCCAAAGCCCAGUAUAGUAAAGAUUUUUUAUUUAAAAUAGACAACAUGAUAAAUGGAAUAAUUAAAGAAUACACAGAAAUAGUAGAUCAGAUGAGAGACCAUAAACAUCAAGAAUUACAAGAAGAAAGUGUGGACAUAUUUUCAUAACUAAGUCUAACCUUGCUGUGUUAACUUUCCUUUCAAGACCAAGUAGUAGUACAAUAUACUUGAAUAUUUCAAAAUUUUUUUAUACAUUGUCAUGAAAGGAGUUAUGAAGUUUUUAGUUAAUUGCAUGUCCUUUUCAACAAAUAAUUAAAAAAAAAAAUGGUGCUAGUGAAAUCUUGUCACUACCUCUUUUUGGUUAAAUUGCUAUAGGUGUAGAGAGUAACUUAUAAACUGUCAAUAAUAACUACAGAAUUUACCAAGUGUUGUAUAAGAUAAUUACCAGUCAUGUCUGGCUUAUGAUAAUUAAAUCAUGUUAAACAUGUC